CAUCCAGCCUUGCCCAGAUGUGAAAUACGGUAAACGUAUCCAUGUGCUGCCGAUUGAUGACACAGUAGAAGGGAUCACAGGGAAUCUGUUUGAGGUCUAUCUCAAGCCGUACUUCCUGGAAGCAUACAGACCCAUCAGGAAAGGUGACAUCUUCCUGGUGCGUGGAGGGAUGCGUGCGGUGGAGUUCAAAGUGGUGGAGACAGAUCCAAGUCCAUACUGCAUAGUGGCUCCGGACACGGUGAUCCAUUGUGAAGGAGAGCCCAUCAAACGAGAGGAUGAGGAGGAGUCACUGAAUGAAGUGGGCUAUGACGACAUUGGUGGCUGCCGGAAGCAGCUGGCUCAAAUCAAAGAGAUGGUGGAACUUCCCCUCCGACACCCUGCACUCUUCAAGGCCAUAGGGGUGAAGCCUCCACGUGGGAUCCUGCUGUAUGGUCCUCCUGGCACUGGUAAAACACUGAUUGCCCGAGCAGUGGCCAAUGAAACAGGGGCUUUCUUCUUUCUGAUCAACGGUCCUGAGAUCAUGAGCAAGCUGGCUGGUGAGUCAGAGAGCAACCUGAGGAAAGCCUUUGAAGAAGCAGAGAAGAAUGCUCCUGCCAUCAUCUUCAUUGAUGAACUGGAUGCCAUUGCUCCUAAGAGAGAGAAGACACAUGGAGAGGUGGAACGUCGCAUAGUGUCUCAGCUAUUGACUCUUAUGGACGGACUGAAACAGAGAGCGCAUGUGAUCGUUAUGGCAGCUACCAACAGACCUAACAGCAUUGACCCAGCACUCAGGAGAUUUGGUCGUUUUGACAGAGAGGUAGACAUCGGUAUCCCAGAUGCCACUGGGCGCCUGGAGAUCCUGCAGAUCCACACAAAAAAUAUGAAACUGGCUGACGAUGUGGAUCUGGAACAGGUGGCAAACGAGACCCAUGGCCAUGUUGGUGCUGACUUGGCUGCUCUUUGCUCAGAAGCUGCUCUUCAGGCUAUCAGAAAGAAGAUGGAUCUCAUAGACCUAGAAGAUGAAACCAUUGAUGCUGAAGUGAUGAACUCGCUGGCUGUGACCAUGGAUGACUUCAGGUGGGCUCUGAGCCAGAGCAACCCUUCUGCUCUUCGGGAGACUGUGGUGGAGGUGCCACAAGUUACUUGGGAAGAUAUUGGUGGUCUAGAAGAUGUAAAGAGAGAACUCCAGGAACUUGUACAGUAUCCUGUGGAGCACCCAGACAAGUUCCUCAAAUUUGGUAUGACCCCAUCAAAAGGGGUUCUGUUCUAUGGGCCACCUGGUUGUGGUAAGACGCUCCUGGCCAAAGCCAUUGCCAAUGAGUGCCAGGCAAACUUCAUUUCCAUCAAGGGGCCAGAACUGCUCACCAUGUGGUUUGGUGAGUCUGAAGCCAACGUGCGUGAGAUCUUUGACAAGGCCCGCCAAGCAGCUCCUUGUGUGCUCUUCUUUGAUGAGCUGGACUCCAUCGCAAAGGCUCGAGGUGGGAAUAUCGGCGAUGGUGGUGGUGCUGCAGACCGUGUCAUCAACCAGAUCCUGACAGAGAUGGACGGCAUGUCCACCAAGAAGAACGUCUUCAUCAUUGGUGCCACCAACAGGCCAGACAUCAUUGACCCAGCCAUCUUGCGCCCUGGCCGCCUGGAUCAACUCAUCUACAUCCCCCUGCCUGAUGAGAAGUCCCGGGUUGCUAUUCUUAAGGCCAACCUGAGGAAAUCACCAGUUGCCAAGGAUGUCGACCUGGAUUUCCUAGCUAAGAUGACCAAUGGCUUUUCGGGGGCCGACCUGACAGAAAUUUGCCAGCGUGCCUGCAAACUGGCCAUCCGCGAGUCUAUUGAGAGUGAGAUCAGGCGAGAACGUGAGAGGCAGACCAACCCUUCCGCCAUGGAAGUGGAGGAGGAUGACCCGGUUCCUGAGAUACGCAGGGAUCACUUUGAGGAGGCCAUGCGCUUUGCUCGUCGCUCUGUCAGUGACAACGACAUCAGGAAAUAUGAGAUGUUUGCACAGACUCUACAGCAGAGCCGUGGCUUUGGCAGCUUCAGGUUCCCAUCGGGUAAUCAGGGCGGUGCCGGUCCCAGCCAAGGCACAGGAGGUGGCAGCGGGGGCAACGUGUACAGCGAAGACAAUGAUGACGAUCUCUACGGUUAACUUGCUGUCCUCGGUGGACCAAACUCCAAAUCAGGCCACGUUGUACAGGGAAAAAUCCAAUGUUCAGUGGACUCUCGGCUUCUUCAUUCCUCAGUCAGAACAGUGUAGCUGCACGUCAGACUUUGUACAGGGAAUGUUUUUUGCAAACGCAAAUCCAGACCGUUUUUCAGUUGGGAGGCAGACAGUCAAUUAACAAGGAGGGGAACUGACUUAAUUUCUGAGAAAUUUCUGUUCUAGUUUUAUGUGGCAGAAUCAGCAGCUUUAGCAAAGGGUACAACGCUAGCCUGUAUUAAAAAAAAAAACCACACAAAAAUAAUAAAAAAAUAAUAAAAAUCCCACAAAACUCUA